ACCACAAUAUAACCAUGAACUCUCGCGUGUUCGUCGCUCUCCUCCUGUGCGGCCUCUGGGCCUCCUCCGAGUCUCUCAUCCUCUUGGGAACCACCGCCGCAGCCGGGACCAUCGCCGCUACCACUGUCACUGCUUCUGCAGCGGCAGCUUUGGGCGUGGGCGCCCUGGCAGUGCUCAAGGGAGUUCUUAUCGGGAAGCAUCUCAAGCGCCGUUACAGGAGGGACGUCGAUUCUAUGGAGAUCGACGAUGAAGCUGAGGUGGCCGUCGCCAAGGAACUGGAUUCGGCCGGCUGCAUCGCCAAGUUGCUGUGCGAGAUCGAGGCGACGCCCGCCGACAGCCUCACCCCAUCCAUGUCCACCUUCAAGACGGCCUUCGAGAAUCCCGACAACCUCAAGUCCUCCCGCAUCGAGUACGACCAGGCCAUCGCCCUCGCCAAGGACGACCCCAAGGCGUGCAGCGUCCGAUUCGACAAGUGUGUCCUUUCAAGGGAGGAUCUCUUCGUCAUGCUCGACACCGUCUUCUCAUGCUAGAUAAAACCUCACAUCACUCAUUUUAUACUCACCCAUCACUCAUUUUAUAUAAGCAAUUGUCUUCAAUGAAUUUACUUGAUGUUCCCUUUCUCAUCUUGAACAAUCAUUCAACCAUUACACAUUCUAAUUCACAACCACAACCAUGAGGAAAUGCAACUGUGAUUCCCUUUCCCUGAGCAGAGAUUAGCUGUCAAGAGUCAAAGGCUGGAA